CUGUCAGAUUUACAGAAAAACCCAAAUGCGGAUGAACGCGGAUGUUUACAGAAUUUAAAUUAAAAUAAAUUUAUUUUAAAGAGCUUAUGUAGGGUAUUUUAUUAAUUGGAUUUGAAUACAGUGAUUAGUUAUGUAAUUUAUUACAUCUUCAGAAGAGUUAGUUUGCUCAGAUACAUUUAACGAGUCUGUGUCAACACUUCUGGAGAGGAAAGUGAGGGGGUGGCUGAGUUGUGUGAUAGACGACAUGCGGCGGAGCAGCCCCGUGCAACAAUGGCUUGACUCACUCCCGGCUGAUGCCUCCGAGGGAGACACCACAGGGCAUGACACUUCCAAUAGUCUACCAGAGACCUCAGACGACCAUGAAAGCAAAGACAGCACCACUGACCCCACUCUAGAGAAAACAUGCUUGGAAAAACCACCUGUUGAAGUUGAAACAUCAAUUGUACUGAGCCAUGAAGAUAAAUUAAACCUAGAUGUUCCUAUUUCGAAAGACAUGUGGAAGAGGAAGUCCCUGGAGAGUGGCAUGCUGACCAGCUCCCCGAAGGAGACUCCCAAGAAGAAGCUGCAGAGAGACUACUCAGUGCAGUCGGAGGGGCCACCUAAAAUAAAAAAUCCUCUAUUCAGAGAUGCUUCUCUCCAGUCUGAUGCAAGUGGGUCAAGUGGCAGCUCUGUGCUCAAUGUACUGAGUGCAAGGAAGGUGGAUGCCGAGUCUGUGCUGCUGGAGCUGGGUUUUGGGCCCAGUGAAAAGCAACAAAUGCUGCAGAGAAUACCUGAUAGGUUCCUAGUGCCAUCUAAGCUGAAAGGAAUUAGUACAGAGAAGUUUAUAAAAGAUGAGCAACACUCUAUGAGAAUGCAUGACUGUGGUGUGUUUGGGUACAGAGGACUUACAGAGAACUGCACUCCAGUGUGUCGGUUCAUGAAACCCGUGUCCCCCACGUACCACCACGACUAUCAGGUGCCAGAAAUAGCUGUGCAGGAAUCCCCAUGCUCCACCGUCGACAAUUGUAGCUAAGAUCAUGGAGUGCAUCCUGCACGAGGACGCGAGCGCGCAGGCGUCGGCGCGCGCGCGGCACUCCAUCGCAGACAUCAGCUCUGCGCACGCGCAGAUCGGCGCCAGGUUCUUCAGGGACGCGUGACUGUAGGGUUACU